AUGCCGAGUGGAAAUGGUGGGGAAUGUGAUGCGGAAUAUAAGGUGGCCUUAGAUCAAGGGGAAUUCAGUCGAACGCAACCAUUUGUCAUGCCGUUGUACGAAAAUCCUCAGCCAGAGAGAAAAGGAGAGUACAUAAAAAACGAGUCUGACAAAUAUUCGGUUGCAAUGGAGUAUAAAACUUUUAAUCUGUGCACAUUGAUCACCGUUUUCAUCACCGUAUCAAAUGCUACACUUUUUGGUUUGAUGCAGGUGCCUGGUGUCUCGGGUACUUCGGAAAGCGGCUUUUACGUCUACUGGAACGUUCCAACCUUCAUGUGUCACCAGUAUGGGAUGUUCUUCGAAGAAGUACGCGAGUUUGGGAUACUGCAGAACAAGAAGGAUCAUUUCCGCGGUGACCAGAUUGCGAUACUUUACGACCCGGGUGCUUUUCCAGCAUUGCUGAAGGACGAAAACGGGCACACUUUGAGGAGGAAUGGAGGUGUUCCUCAGGAAGGAAACGUGACUUUGCACCUGGAACUCUUCCGAGAGCACGUGGACCAGCAGAUCGAGGACGUCAACUUCUCGGGGCUCGCUGUGAUCGACUUUGAAAGCUGGAGGCCCAUAUUCAGGCAGAACUGGGCCUCGCUUGCUCCAUAUCGCGACUUGUCAACGGAAAUUGAAAGAGCCAAACAUCCGUUCUGGGAUAAGAAUCGAGUCGUCAACGAGGCGACGACGCGAUUCGAAAAAUCAGGUCGACUCUUCAUGGAGGACACCUUGCGUCUCGCCCGUACUCUGAGACCGAAAGCGUCGUGGGGCUACUACACUUAUCCUUACUGCUUCAAUUUGACGCCAAAAGUUCCAACGGUUGACUGCAGCCCGAAAAUUUACAAGGAGAACAACAGACUUUCUUGGCUGUUCAACUUGCAGAACGUCCUCCUACCUUCCGUUUAUCUGAGAACAAGUUUGCGUCACAAGGAGAGAAUGGAACUCAUCACUGGCAGACUGACGGAGGCGAUAAGGAUUUCAAACAUGUUUAAACAGACUGCAAAAAAACCAGUGAUGCCUUAUUUUUGGUACAAGUACCAGGAUAGCAACAAUGAUUUCUUGACAAACGAUGACGUGUACGACGGUUUUAAAACAAUAAAAAGUUUAGGAGGAGACGGAAUCGUGAUAUGGGGAAGUUCCAACGACCUGAACACAAAACUGAAGUGUCAGGCGUUCAAGGAUUAUCUGAACGAGACGCUCGGUCCAAUCGCACGGAAAUUCAACGAGGAAAGAUCUCUAUUGGAUUUUAGAGAACUCGAAGAAGAAAAAAAGGGACCUGACUAUUAUACUACGACUGUUUCAACGGAAACGAGUAUGGAGAUUGAAGAAGAGGAGAGUGAGCGGUCGAGUAGUGUGAAAAUCAAUUUUAUAGUGCAAAAUAUUUGACGCUCAUUAGGGUUAUGCGAAAAUACUAAUGUUGUGUAAUUAUUAUAACUGGUCCUAGACCAGUUACUUUGUAAAGCCAGAGCGGCACUGCACUACAGAGAGCGCGAACAAUAAAGUCAAUGGCAACGAACAGUUCGAACUGAUUCGUAAAUUGGGCUCUUCCGUCAAUACAACUGCCAAUGGCUGAAACGACGCGUUUCGCUUAGCUUUCACACAUGUUUCUUUAUGUAAAUAUUUUAUACAAUGUAGUAUUUGCAAGUGUAAGAGUAACGGUCACAUUAUUCUAAGUAAUCAAAGAACUAAAGAAAAAAGUAAAAUAGCUCGAUGUAUAUAUAUAGGCAUAUUGUAAAAAUAAAACUCGAAUAAAUUAUGGCUUACCACCCAA